UCGCACUUCAUUCUUCCAGUUGCUUGGAAGCGAACAAUCCGCGCUCCCUGGAUGAAGAACACGGAGAGAGAGUGGGCACAAAAGAAAGUCUCAUAUAAUCGGUCUCACGAUGCCAGAAGCAACAGAUAACCCAACACAGACACCUGCGUGACCGUUUAUGAAAUAAGGCAUAACCGAGUAAUCGCUCACAGUAUGGAGAAUAUUUCCAACCCCGUUAAGACCAACUCGCAAUGCAACUUCAGCAUGUACUUUUAUUACUACAGUUCUCCCAACCGGUCUGAUUUAAACUGUACGCCACCGGCGGACUACUUCUUUUACGCUGAUCUGUACGUAGUUCUCCCGGUUAUUUACUCCGUGAUAUGUGCAGUGGGAUUAACCGGCAAUACAGCAGUUAUCUAUGUCAUACUGAAGGCUCCUAAGAUGAAGACAGUCACUAACAUGUUUAUCCUAAACUUGGCCAUUGCUGAUGAUCUCUUCACAUUAGUUUUGCCCAUUAACAUUGCUGAGCAUCUCUUGCACUACUGGCCUUUUGGUGAAGUGCUCUGCAAAAUCAUUUUGAGCAUUGACCACUACAAUAUUUUCUCCAGUAUAUAUUUUCUAACGGUUAUGAGCAUUGACCGAUACCUGGUCGUUCUGGCCACGGUGCGCUCAAAGCGCAUGCCGUAUCGCACAUACCGGGCAGCCAAAAUAGUCAGCCUGUGCGUUUGGUUGCUGGUCAUUCUAAUCGUAAUGCCCUUUACAGUGUUUGGAGGAGUUUACAUCAGUCCGGACGACACCGAGCGAAAAAGUUGUGUUCUAAGUUUUCCCAGCCCAGAAGGUUUAUGGUUUAAAGCAAGUCGGAUUUAUACACUCUUACUGGGCUUUGCCAUUCCCGUCUCCACGAUCUGCAUACUCUACACUAUGAUGCUGUACAAACUGCGCAACAUGAGACUCAACACUAACGCCAAGGCCCUGGAUAAAGCCAAAAAGAAAGUGACCAUCAUGGUGUUCAUCGUACUGGCCGUGUGUUUGUUCUGUUGGACUCCAUUCCAUCUCAGCACCAUCGUAGCUCUGACCACGGAUCUGGGCACCACACCAGUUGUCAUCGGUAUUUCCUAUUUUAUCACCAGUUUGAGUUAUGCGAACUCCUGCCUAAACCCAUUCCUCUACGCUUUCCUGGAUGACAGCUUCAGGAAAGCGUUCAAGAAGAUGCUAGAAUGUAGGGCUGGUUGAACGUAGUCCAGUUGUGUGUCUUCAAAGAGAACAGCUGCUGAAGAGUAAAAUCAAGUCACUGGCUUUAGCUGAUAGACUGUGGAAGUGCAUGUGGCAUCGAACGUCAGCAUUUGUCUCCCUCUUGCGCCAAUUACGUGAACAUCAUCUUUAUCAGCAAACGCUUUCUUCGUUAUUCUCUGUUAUAUUGCUGUAUAACUAAAGAUGAUAAAAUAUCAUUGUCUCAGCAUGAGGAACGGUUAGAGGAAAAUGUACAUGUUGUACAUCUGUAUAAAUGUGUCUAUAUGGAAACGUUGUCACGUAAACUUCAUUUGUAAGCUAGUAUAAUUUCAAUAAAUCUUAAAGGAUAGAUGGCCAAAUAUUGUGCGCACAGUACACUAGAAUUCACACUGAAAUAAAGCUUUUUAAUGGUUUCAAAGAUGUAAGCUCUCACAUUUUUACACAGUGAAGCAUAUAGUACAUGGUGUUUUGUUUUACAGCUUUUGUUAACAGUUUUGUUUUGUAGUACAACACUUGUUUUAUAUUAAAAAAAAAGAAGACAUUGUUUGGAUUUAUUUGCUUUGUGGACCGCUGUGUAGGUCAGUAAUGAGAAAAAAAAAAUGUUACAGUAUUUAUUAGCAUUAUUUUAAAGUAUUGUCUUUAUUAAAGACUC